AGGAAGUACUAGCUUUGGUUUCAUGAGUGCUGCGAGUAUGUCAAGCCAUAACAACAAUUCGGGUUUAUUGCCUGAUACUACUAGCUACGAUUAUGAUGCACCAAUAUCCGAACAUGGAGCAACAUCAAAAAAAUAUGAAUUCAUAAAAGAAGUCAUUAAUGCCCAUAAUAAAGUCAAAACCAAAAUUCCAAACCCACCAGUCCUGAAACCCCUUGUUAAAUAUGCUGACCUCAGACCUGAAGGGCAAUUGCUCAUUUCAAACGUGGUGGAUCGAUUUGGAACCAAAAUAGCUAGUAAAGAUGUUAUUCCCAUGGAAAAGCUUGAUAUCAACCAUAAUUCAGGCCAAAGUUUUGGAUAUAUUGUAUAUCGUAAAACCAAUCUGCAUAUUUCAGCACACAGUGUUCUCAAAAUUUCCGGUUACGUACGAGACACAGUAUUAGUGUUGAUAAAUGGUCAACUGGUUUCUCCACCUCCAAAAAAUGAAAGUGACGUGAAUGGUUUCGGUUUCUGGAGGUUACAUGAUUCUACUUUGACUCUGAGUAACAUAGCGCUUGAGGGAGCAACACUAGAUCUAGUUGUUGAAAAUUUUGGGAGAAAUACUUUGGGUGCGAUAAUUCCUAAAGGUCUCACUGAUCCUGUUUACCUAAACAAUGUUAAGAUCACCGAUUGGCAAAUUGUACCACUCGAAUUCAAAAAAUCCUGGAAUAAUGCUUUGAAUGGGUGGCACCCGGUAAAUGGAAGAGACAAGGUCUCAGCACUUUAUAAGUUCAAGUUGAAUAUUGAAGAUGAACCCUCUGAUACUUAUUUGGAUAUGCGUGAUUGGAAAAAAGGUAUAACUAUUGUGAAUGGUUUUGUAUUAGGAAGAUACUUCUUUGUAGGACCCCAACAGGCGCUAUAUUUACCAGGACCAUUUCUGAGAAGAGGAGACAACGAUAUAAUUGUUUUCGAACAUUACAAUGCUCCAAGUAUAUUGAAAUUUUCUGAAGAUCAAAUAUUUGGAGGACCUACGCAUGAUUGAGUUGAAUAAAC